AUGAAGGCUGCUUGCCAGCGUAUGCUGAUUGAGGUGAUGGCCACCCUACCUUUGAUUCAUUUCACCACCAUGAUGGCAUUUUCAUUGGUUCACCUGGAGAUCUUGACUGGGAGACGGCACCAGAUACGAAGCCAUUUGAGCCACAGCGGACAUCCAACUGUUUCAGAUGGCCUUUAUGCGUCUGCAACGGUAUAUAAGGCAGACCUGAAUAUUAGCCCUCGUAAUUGGCUCCACCGGUAUGCAUUGAGUUUCUACGAUCGCCAUGGGCGAGUCAUCAAGCCACAGGCUCCGUUGCCUUCGGAUUUGCAAGAGGCACUCCAACAGAUGACCUUUCUAAAGAGUUCUGGGAGCGAAGUGGAUAAGUGGUUUCAGGACCUUUGA